UUCUCUUUAGUGCGAAGUUAACGUAACCAGGCUUAGUGAAAGGAAGUGUGGUGACCAAGAACAAGUUCCACGUUAGCGUUUUUGUUAUUUAGACGUUUAUUGGCACCGUUGAACUCAAAAUAUGACACAUGUAACCGCGCUGCACAUACUUACCCCAGGUAGUCUUUAAUUCGCGUUGGAGACGUUACUUGGUUGAUGAUGUUAUCUAGCUAGCUGCUAACGUUAGCUAACAACAAUGGCUGACUGUAUGAUUUUUCACACUCAUAUUGCCUCCAUCAUGGAGAUGCUAGCGAAUACAGCCGUGGCAGAGAUCUGUAAACUCGUAGACGACGACUAUGCAGUGUUUCGUUUGGAAAUAACUCAAAGCCAGAAAGAAAACAGGGGAUUACGGAGGAAACUACAACAAUUGGAAUUGAAGGUGGCACGGGAGCGCGCAGAGAGGACAAUACGAGAGCGCGUCCUCACCAGUCGUCCCAGUAGUGUCAAGAUCCUUGACCGAUGCAGAGGAAUGGCAAGAGGUGAAGGACCUCUCACUGGAGGCCACAGGAGCAUUGUGAAGCCAGCGGGACACAACACAUGGAGAGAUGACCAACCCAUCACUGUUGAUGAGGGGAGUGAAACCUCAUCCCAGCACAUUAUUGUGAUAGAGUCUGCAGAUGCAGAGGCUGCAGGUCCUGGGGUCAAGCUGGAGAGGUCUGAAGGAGAGGUGGACCCACAGCACAGCAGAGACAUCCAGACUGGAGCAAUGGCUGGAGUGGCGCAACCUGUAGUCACUGAGGACCUCGCCACCACUGCAGCGGCCCAGACCAGGACCGGACGUAGCAUCACGGAGGAGGAGGGUCCAGAGGUGCUGCUGGUGAAGGAGGAGGGCUGUGAGGAAGGUCUGGGGAACCCAGAGGGGACCAUGGUCGUAGAGGACAACCAGACUACACCACCACCUGAACCCACAGAGGAACCAGCUGAGCAGCACAGGACCACAUACAGUCUCACCAAGUCAGUAGACAUGGAGGAUGGGAAGCCUGAUCUGCGGCUAGUGAAAGAGGAGACAAUAGAAGACGGACCAGAGAGCAUUGACUUGCUGAGUGGACUAAAGAUGGGGAGCAAGGGUGGUUGGCUGGAGGCUAACAGAGGAGACUGGGAAGCCAUCUUGGAUUCCCAGACCCAGACUGGUGCAGCCAAGGGCCCAGGGGACAACAUCACUGAGCAGGCCAGGACCAGAGGUGACAUAGUGGAGGUCAGUGGAUGGGACAGAGUCCUCAACUCUGGGCUGGGGAACAACAUUGUUAACCACAACCAGAAACAGACAGUUGAACACAAAACAUCUGAAUUUAGUCUCCAUGACAACAGUCUGGCUGAGUCCAGGGCAAGGCGUAGAUUUGGUCUGCAGGGGCAGAGGGGUGACCGUAUGCGGCUUGAGAGAACAGACACUGACUCGGCUAGCGAUGCUCCGUCCUGCUCCUAUAGUUCUUAUUCAGAGAGACUGAUGACGCCUCAGGUUAACACCCUAACAGGUGCUGCCUUCAGCCUGCCUUCUGUAGGAUCUAUCAACUGGAACAUGGACCCUGUGACAACACAGACACUUCCUGGCCUUCAUCCUCCUCACACUCCUCUAAUGUUAAACCAGACCUCAGACAAUGCCAGUGCCUCAACACUAAAUGGCUACACAAGCCCAUUGACACUUGACAGUAGUAGAGAUGGAAUCAGUAAAGGUGGCAUCGCCAAAGAGAAGCGCUUCAUGUGUUCGUUCUGUGGGAAAGCCUUCAGUUUCCCCAAUCAGGUGAAGAUCCACCAGAGGAUGCACACGGGGGAGAAACCAUUCAGCUGCCACUUGUGCCGGGACAGCUUCUCCCAUUUGUCUAGCCUGAAGAGGCACCAGAGAGUCCACACAGGGGAGAAACCAUACCCGUGCCCGCAGUGUCAGAAACGGUUCUCUCACCAGCACCGCUUGAAGAUACACCUGAAGAUCCACACGGGAGAGGGGCCGUUUUCCUGUACACACUGUGGGAAGAGGUUCUCAGAGAGGAGCUACCUCAGGAUACACCAGCAGAAAAUGCACACGGCCCAUGUAUAGAGUAUUGUAACAUAUAAUGUAGUACUAGCUAGUUUGUUUGUAGUUAAUUAUUUUGGUUGUGGAUCUAUAAGGAACUGGAUGAGGUGAACUGAGGAAAGAAUGAGUAUGAUGAGGCAGAGUAGAUGAUAUGGUGGUGGUUGGUGUGAUGGUGGUGUCUGUAAAAAUGCUUCACUGAUGAAAAGGGACAACCUUGUCCCUUUAGGUUGAUAUUGGUAUUUUAUAGUGAAAUAACGAUAGUGCCUUAAUUCAUGUUUACUUGUCAUAAAGAUGUGAUUUUGAACCUUUUCCAAUGUCUUCUAAAAUGUAUUUGAUCAAAACGAGUCUACCAGAUUUAAGGAAAAGGUAAUGAAGUUAUUCUACUUGUCACGUAUCGUUUUGCAUAAAAGUACUCUGUACUCUGUUUGAGUGUAUGCCCAUCUUGAAAUGAAAUACAAAACUGACACUGGUGGUGACUGACAUUUUUCAUUGCGGGGGACUGAGUGCCCCGUAUCUCAGUCGAACCUAAACAUUAUACUUAAUUCUUAUAUCAACACAUGGACAUUUUUUUUAUAAUUCACUCCAAUGGCUCCAUAUUGUUAUGUACACUAUAUAUUCGGAAAGUAUUCAGACACUUUCCCUUUUGUGGUGAUAGUCUUAUUCUAAAAUUGAUUUUUUUCAAAUCUCUUCAAUCUAUACACUACCCCAUAAUGACAAAGCAAAAACAGGUUUUUAGAAAUGUUUGCUAAUUUAUUAAAAAUAAAGAACAGAUACUUUAUUUGCAUAAGUCCUCAGACCCUUUUCUAUGAGAUUUGAAAUUGAGCUCAGCUGCAUCCUGUUUCCAUUGAUUGUCCUUGAGAUGUUUCUACAACUUGAUUAGAGUCCACCUGUUGUAAAUUCAAUUGAUUAGACAUGAUUUAGAAAGGCACACACCUGUCUAUAUAAGGUCCCACAGUUGACAAUGCAUGUCAGAGCAAAGACCAUGCCAUGAGGUCAAAGGAAUUGUCCGUAGAGCUCAGACAGGAUUGUGUCGAGGCACAGAUCUGGGGAAGGGUACCAAAACAUUUUCUAAAAUGGAAGGAGUUUGGAACCAUCAAGCCUCUUCCUCGAGCUGGCCGCCCGGCCAAACUGAGCAAUCCGGGGAGAAGGGCCUUUGUCAGGGAGGUGACCAAGAACUCGAUGGUCACUCUGACCGAGCUCCAGAGUUCCUCUGAUCUCUUUUAGUCCUCAUUUGGACUAAUCUUCCAAGAGUCCUUAAACAUUGAAAUCCAAUUUAGAAUACAAACAUAUUUUCACAUUUAAACACUGUUACAAACAGACAUAAUACACUAACAUAUUUACCCAGUCUAAAAAUAUAUUGAUUCUUCCUCUACUUUAGUCCAAUGCAACAUUUCUAUUAUAUUUAAAUGGUUUUAAAGUAUUGUAUAUAUUGAGAGGUUUCUGGUUUGCUCAGUUAAAUUUUCAAUUUCUUUAUUGCUCUAAAUUGAAAUGUUCUGCCUAUUUCUCUUUUCUCUCUGGGUAACACAUAGAUGGUGGACAAUCUAUUCCUAGUAUUUACUGAAUGUCUGUCUCUUACCAACUGAAUACUGUUGUGAAUAGAGUUUGCACGUUUUUAAAUAGUGCAUAAUUUAUUUCAUAAUAUACACGUUUUUUUUCCAAUUAUCUUGUUGAUUGAUGACCAACCAAGAGCAUUGCUCAUGACUGCAAUAGAACCAUAUCCCCACCUGAAAACAAUCAUUGCUGCUUUGUUCUGUGCAAUCUGCAGCCUCCUAAUUUCACUUUGAUGCAUUUCCCCAGACCACAGAACAGUAGUUCACCUGACUCUCAAUUAAUGCCUGUUAUUUGCUUAAGAAUGUUUUCUGGUAAAUAUUUAGCUAUCCUUCUGAUCAUGCAUGCUGUUUAGAUUUUUUUUUUUACAUAGAUGAGUUGAGGCGACCAUGAUAAGCAGUUGUCUAGCUGCACUCCCAGUAGUUUGGUUUCUGCCACUUCCUCAAUUUGUACUCCCCCCAUACUUAAUUGUAUCCCAUGCUGUGUUGGCCUUUUCUUAGUGGAACAGACCAACAUAACUUUGGUUUUUCUUGGUGAUUAAAACAAGUUUGUUCCGGCAAACCCACUCUCUGAUAUUCUCCAAAUCUCCUUGUAAAGCUUGCUGUACCUGUUGAACCGAUUGUCUUGCUGUAUAAAUUGUAGUAUCAUCUGCAAAUAUCGUAGCUUGCAUUACAGAUAAGGCAUAAGGAAGGUUGUUGGUAUAUAUUAAAUAAAGAAGUGGCCCAAGGCAACUGCCCUGCGGUAUUCCACAGUUUAAAGCAUGGGGGGAAGAAAAUGAACAAUUGAUAUAUAUGGACUGUUUCUUGUCAGAUAUGACUGUACCCAAUACAAUGCUACCUUCUUAAAACCAUAAUGCAUUAAUUUUGCCAAUUAUUUCAUGAUCCGCUAAAUCAAAUGCUGCACUAAAAUCUAAAAAUAGUACACCCACAAACCUGCCAUUAUCCACAGCGUUGAGCCACUGGUCAGUCAUGUCAACCAAUGCAGUGGUAGUGGAAUGGUUUUUGUGAUAAGCAUGCUGAUUGGCUGUAAUCAGAUCAUUCUUUUUUUAUGUACUCCUAUUUGUCUACUCACAAUACCCUCCAAUAUCUUAUAGUAGUAUAGGGAGUAGACUAAUUGGUCCCAUUGGCAGGAGUAAUGGGUUCUUUGCUGUCUUUCGGAAUUGGACAGUUUCGCAUGCUUCUAUACAUUUGCAAACAUCGCCUUUUCCAGUGACCAAUUAAAUAUAUUUCAGUGGAGCUGCAAUCUGGGGAGCAGCAUAGCAAAGUAAAAAAAUUGUCCAUAAGAUCAUAACCUGUAGAUUUACCAUCGGGUAAUGACUUCAAUAGGUUUAACACCUCUACUGACACCAUUUGUAGACUAAAAGAGCAGGUCUUGUUGCUCAUAAUAUGAUCAUCAAUCCAUUGGACAAUAGCUUGUUUGGAAGAAUGUUUACAUUAUUGCUCAGUAAAUUCAUUUUCUUUGUAAACAAUUCUGCAAAAUGAUUGGCAACAUCAGCUGGUUUUGUUAUUGUUCUCCCACCAACCUCCACACUAGAUGGGCAUGAUGAGAUGGAUGUACCAAGUAGGCCCUUAACUGUAUUCCAUACCUUUUUAGAAUCGUUUUUACAAUCAAUAAAAGCAUUUUUGUAAAAUAAAGUUUUUUUUCUUACG